GGGUUGGGGGCGUAAUUUCUAGUGUCCUUCGCAGAACUGUGUCGACAUCUUCUUAUAUACUCCAUCAAGCCCAUUCCAUCCCUAAGCCUCGAAGCAAGCUCCGAGCCUCCCUCCAUGGGCAACCUCUGCGGCACUCCCGUCGACGCCCACUCCCUCCCUCCGACCAAGCCUUCCUCCCCCGGCCACCUCACAUCCAUACCACGCGCCUCCUCCACGCCGCUCGACCUUAAAGUUUACACUCUCUCAGAGUUGAAGACGGCCACCAAGAAUUUCCGGCCGGACACGCUGCUCGGAGAGGGCGGAUUUGGGCGGGUCUUCAAAGGCUGGGUCGAUAGGAACACCUACGCACCGUCUAAGGUCGGCGUUGGCAUCCCUGUCGCCGUUAAAAAGUCAAAUCCCGACAGCUCUCAGGGCCUCCGUGAAUGGAAGGCUGAAGUGGAAUUCUUGGGGAAAUUUACCCAUCCAAAUGUCGUGAAAUUAAUCGGCUAUUGCUGGGAAGACAAGCACUUUCUCCUUAUUUAUGAGUACAUGGAGAGGGGUAGUUUGGAGAAUCAUAUAUUUCGAAAGGGUGUUGAGCCACCGUCAUGGGAAACGCGGAUUAAAAUAGCGGUGGGGGCGGCGCGUGGGUUGAAGUUCCUCCAUACGUCGGAGAAGAGCGUGAUUUACCGCGACUUGAAAGCGGCUAAUAUUCUCCUGGACUGGGAUUUCAACCCAAAAUUGUCAGAUUUUGGGCUGGCGAAACUGGGCCCAUCCAAUGGUUACUCCCACGUCAGCACGGAUCCAGUGGGCACCUGCGGCUACACUGCCCCUGAGUACAUUGCUAGUGGACAUUUGUACAUUAAAAGCGACGUGUUCGGGUUCGGAGUGGUGCUCCUCGAGCUCCUGACCGGGAUGCGGGCAGUGGACCCAAACCGACCAAGUAAGUCUCACAACUUGGUGAAGUGGGCCAAGCCAUCACUGAGCAACAAGAAGAAGAUGACGAAACUAAUGGACCCAAGACUUGGGGACGACUACUCGCCCGGAGGAGCCUGGGGCACAUCUGAACUGAUUUUAAAAUGUUUGAAAAUGGACCCCAGAGAUCGGCCCUCCAUGGAAGAGGUUUUGGUGACUCUAGAAGAAAUCAGUACCUUUACAGACAGGCCCAAUAAGAAGCCCAAAUCAAAAGCUAGGAAGCCCAUAUCUCAUUGACUUUGGGCCUCACUCCUCCAGCCACACUAAGCCCAAUGUAUUUCCAUUUGGAGGCCCAUUUAGAUUUUCAAUCCCUCUAACGUGGGCUUCAACUAUUGGCUGAUUUAAGUGCUUUUGUAUUAUAUAUAUAUAUAUUUUUUUUUUGUUUUUUUUUAAAAAAGUUUGUAGAUGUGAUCCAUAUAAAAGUACCUAAGGUAUCUUGGUCA